AAAUACUGAGGGCAGUUUUGGGUGCGUUUGAGAAUGUUUUCAUUCUAAACAGCAAAGUUUUGGUAUUUUGUUGGCGAUAGAGGCGCACUAUAGAAACUAUAGUUAAGUCGCCCGUUUUCUCCGCACGAUCUCAGCCUCCGAUGUAAACAACAGCAGGCGCCAAAGACGACGGACAACCGGAUCUAGCGGUGACUCAAGCCGCCUUUUACGCCGGACAGAGCAGGGUUAAUCAAACAGGCGUCAGGCUGGGCACCGAGGGCCGUGAACGACCGCGCCGCGCCGGGGGCAGAGGGGCAGGGCGACGCGCCUGGCGCACGCCGCCCCCGGAGCGCUCCCGUCCCACAAUGCACCGCACAGGGGGCUCCGGAGCUGGAAGGCUGCCUCUGUCAGCGGGGCUGUUCGGCGCAGAAACGUUCACCCCUCGGAUCAUGUAUGCCAGCCGGCGCCACUAAGGCAGCACAGCGGGUCCUGACGUUCUUGUGUCCCAGCACUGAGCAUGAAUCUCGAGAAGCUGCAGGGGGUGCUACUGAAGGGCAGUGGGACACUGGACCUACACCCAUCCUCCAGAGUCCUGGGGUCACCCGGGGUCAAUGGGAGGCAAGCGGUUCGAGAGGGAAGACCCGGGGGGGCGUUGGUGGAGAUGCCACUAGGUGAGCGGGCCUUGACUCACCACACCUUACUGCCCGAGGAAGAGGAUGAGGAGGAUGAACUGGGGGGUGCUCCACUUCCCACCCAUGACCUUAUCCCACACGAUGAGUUGAUGGUGCACGAGGAGACGGUGAAAAACGACGCAGAGGAGGAUCCAGAACUUUCCCAACGGAUUUCUCACAGGCUUCCGUACACCCUCCAUCUGCCUGUGAACAUCAAACAGGAAGUGAACGUGCCCGACGCAGCUGCACACCCAAAGAAAGAGAAGAGGCAGAUGAGAGACCUCGGUGACGCUCCUAAGAAGAAGAAAAGGAAACACAGAUCUCCCACUAAGAUCCUUACCAUUAAUGAGGAUGGCUCACUGGGACUUCAGAGCCCCAAGUCUCACGUGUGCGAACACUGCAGUGCUGCCUUCAGGACCAACUACCAUUUACAGCGUCAUUUCUUCAUCCAUACGGGCGAGAAGCCGUUUCAGUGCAGCCAGUGUGACAUGCGUUUCAUCCAGAAGUACCUGCUGCAGAGACAUGAGAAGAUCCAUACAGGUGAGAAGCCAUUUCGCUGUGAUGAGUGUGGGAUGAGGUUCAUCCAGAAGUACCAUAUGGAAAGGCACAAGAGAACCCACAGUGGGGAGAAGCCCUAUCAGUGCAACUACUGUCACCAGUUCUUCUCCAGGACUGACCGGGUUCUGAAGCACAAGCGAAUGUGUCAUGAGAACAGAGAGAGAAAGGCCAGCAAGGCAGCCAAGGAUGGCCUGGCAGGUAAUCAGGAAGACCUGGGCUUCACCUUCCCCUCGAAGGAGAGUUCCCUGCCAAAAAGGAAGCGGCAGAAGUCCAGCGAGAAACUCCGAGUUCAGGUGCCAGCAGCCGAGAAAGUGGCAGCUGAGGACAACGCCGAGUCCAGGCAGGGCAGAGCCGAAUGCCUGCCGCUGUACCCCAUGACUUCCAAGGUGAAGGAUGAGUACAUGGUGGCGGAGUAUUCUGUGGAGCUCCCCCACCAGCCGCUAGAUAGCCGGCAGUCAGGGGGGUCCUCGGAAGAGAUUAACCCCCCAAAACUUGUUUUGAAGAAAGUCACCGGCAAAAGGAACCAGAAGCAGCCAGAGAUACAACCGCAGGAUCUUUCUCCCUUGUCGUCUUUUGAGGACGGCAAAGUCACCAGAUACAGCUUUGAGCUUGUGGACAAACCAGGACUUCUGGACACCGAGUGCAACACGGACCUCGACCCUGUCGACACGCUUCCAGGGGAGACGAGCAAGCCUGUUUCCAGCAGCACCAACUAUGACGAUGCCAUGCAGUUCUUGAAAAAGAAAAGGUACUUGCAAGCGGCCACGGCCAACAAUAGCCGAGAUUAUGCAUUAAACGUCGGGAGCAUCGCAUCACAGCCAUCAGUCACCCAGGCAGCUGUUGCUAGUGUCAUAGACAGCAACGUUCCCGCCACUAUUCUGGACACCCAGACCUUGAAUGUGGAAAUGAAGCCUGGCAGCGAUAAGAAUGUCCUCCCAGAUGAAGUCCUUCAAACGCUUCUGGAUCACUACUCAAAUAAGACCAAUGGCCAGCAGGAAAUAUCAUUCAGCACAGCAGACACAGAAGUGACCUCCAGCAUAUCUAUCAACUCCUCGGAUGUAUCUGAGGGGAGUCAGGCAGAAGCUAUAAGCACGACCCCCCAGGCACCCCCUGUGGAGAAGGCCAGCAUGCUGCAGGAGUACUCAAAGUUUCUUCAGCAAGCAUUGGAAAGAACCAGCCAGAAUGACACGUAUUUGAACAAUCCAAGUCUCCCCUUUGUGACUGAAGGUCAGAGUCUGUCAAGUCAGCCUUUGUUUUCCACUCUUGAUAAAUUCAGCUCCACCAGCCGGUUUCGCUUAGGGAUGAACUCUCCCCUGAGAUCCUCGGAGAAAUCUCAUUUUGGCCUUCUGGUUGGAGAUUCCCAGCACUCUUUUUCAUUUUCAGGAGACGAAACCAACCCUUCCACUGUCUCCCCAACGGAGGACUUUCUUGAGCAGGUGACCUCGAAAAAGGCAGAUACGUUCCCAAUGGGCACCUUUGAGCAGAACUUCAGAUCACAAUUCCCAAGCACGCGAGCUACAAUCUCUGCCCAGUUCAGCUCUGCCAACGGUCAAGUGAAUGUGCGUGGUCAUGGGAGUACGGACUUCCCGGAGUUUCCUCUGGUUAGCGUAACCGAAACUAGGACUGCGCUGACUUCAUCUCCUGAUGACACGAGCAGUCAAACGUUUGGCUGAAGAGAAACAACGUUCCCCCUCUUUUGAAAGGCACUUUAUAUCCUUUGUAUUCUGCCAAUCUGUACUGCACUGUAAAGGCUGUUCUCCUUAUGAUGAAUCCAUUGCAGUUUACCGAGAUGGAUUUGUACAUUAGUGUGUACAGAAACACACAGAAUAUACAUGUAACUGUAUGUGUGUGAGUACAAUACAAAACCUAUAUAUACUUCCAUGUUACAGUCUUUAAAAUGAUAAACUCUGAUAAUGUUUAGACUUUUAUAGUUCAGCACCUUAUGAAAUUCAAAGAAAAUAACAUUUUCCUAGAGAAUGUGAUGUAUAAUAAUAAUUACAUUAGGUCGUAAAGCGGUGUUGUAAUCAGGUCAGAGUUGGCUAUAGAAUACAAUAUGGUCUUUCCUCAUGAUCAGGAGGUGAUAUGAGGACAUAUUGAGACACUCUGUCCUGUGAAAAAAUCUCAUCACCAUCAUUUUCUUGUUUAUUUUUAAAUACUGGGGAAUAGGUCUUUUUCACUUUAAUCCACACUUAAGUUUUCAUGUUUUUGUUUUUGAGAACGCUUAAUAUUCAUCUCGAGUCUAAUGAAAGGGACCUGCUCAUUGUUGAGUAAUGAGUUAAGUUAGGUUCACACACAGUACUUCACUCCUGUAAAGAAGGCAACGCAGGGAUGAAUGCAAUUAUUUUUCCUCGCCAUGGGAGCGGCAUCUACAAUGCUCACUUUCUGUCAUUAAACAGGUUGCCUUUUGUGGAGGUUAUGGAUUUGUUAUCGGUUCAUUUUAAAGAAACUUAAUUUUUGUUUUUUGCAGAUUAGGUUUUUAAACCUACAUUUAAUAUUUUUAUUUGAAUCAUUUUGCCAAUGGAAGGGGUGUAUUGAUUCGUUUUUUUAUCGAGAGAACCCUUUGCGAGUAACAGAAUGGCGUAAUUAGGAACUGAAAUCCAAAUCAUAACCUGAAAAUGAUUUUGCUGUAUUUGCACAUUGAACUGAGCACUCUGAUGCUGUUGAUUCUAAAAGUUUGAUAUUUGAGGAUGGGAGCGUUUGUGAAUAUUUACUAUAAGCGAUCAUAUUUUAGAAGCGAUGCCAAACGCUUUUUUUGAGUUUGGUAAUUCGGAAAAAGGGACUGGAAUCUUGUAAACCGUGUGGUGUGAUAUAGCGAGAGAUACGAGUGUAGUAGACAGUGAAAAUCUCCAGCAUACCUAUAAAAUAACAGGUUCCCUCCAGGAUCUCACAAUCCUACUUAUUGUACUUAAAUCCAUUUCCUUUUUCAGAUAGUGUACAUAGGAUGAAAUACCUAUAUAAUAACAGUAAAAUGAAAUAUCGACUUGAUAAGAACCUGCAUAAAUAAGUUUAAACAUUGGUAUUUGACUUGCCAGAUGAAAGUGCAUUCAAGUAUUUAUAUUAAUUCUUUUAAAAAUAUAUUUUGUUGUAUUAAUCUCCCAUUGGUGCCUUUGCCUACAUGCAUAACAUAUAUAGUCAUGCAUCUCUUACAUGUUGUGAAGGAGACUCCACAGAGUGAGGGAAGAUGAACCCGAAAGCUCCGUACACACUUUCAGAUUAAUUUGGCAAGUAGCAUCAGGCAAACGUGUCUUUAUUGUAGUUUCUGUCGUGAUAAAAAUCCAGCUUAUGAGUGUCUCAUGUGGCAGAUUGAUAAUCGGAAAAGCACUUUGUGAGUUGUUCAUUAUGUUGGAAUAUGAUUAAAAUGGAGUGAAAUUGAUUUGCUUAAAACUGAGAUUAAAGCAUCAUUUAAAUUAUUAAAUUGUGGCAGAAACAAAUGCUACAUUUUCAUUUGAUUUAUCCCUAACUCUAAAAUGAUUUUUCCUCUAAGAGUGUGAUCCAGUUUCUGUAUCCGUUAUACAUUUUAAGUGUAUAAUGAUUUUUAUUGCUUUUGGUAUUGUUUCAGUUACAUAAAGAAUAUAAAGAAGAGUAUAUAUUGCAAAUUUAGAGAAACUGUAACCCCAAUAUCAGUCCCAGUAAAAUUAUUAUUAUGAAAAUGCAGUUAUUGGGUAUUUGAACUACUUUGUCAUUUGUUGCUUAAAUGCACAUUUAUCCUGUCCUGUUUUGCUCUGAAUUGUAAAUGCUUUUGUAUCCCCCAGCUUUUUAUUAUUAAUUUGUCAUGGACUGUGGCAGUUUAAAUUUCCAAAAGUCUUUCAACAACUACUGGAAUCAGCUCUGAUGCUUCUAUUUUUAGUUUUACUUGUGUAAAUCUGUAUUUUUAGUUAAGGCGUAAAUCUCUCCAGACAAUCAAGGAUGAGCACUUGUCCUGUGUCACCUGUUCUUCCUUAUCCUUCCAGUACAUUCCUCUUAUUUUAUAGAUUGAUGAGUGUUUUGGUGUAAAGCUGUGCCUGCCAGUUAUAAAUAAGGUGUAUUUUGAAUUGUGUAACUUUCGUUUCUGUAAAGCAGACAUACAGCUUUGGCAUUUUCAGCAUAUUUUCAGUUUAUGGGCAGGAAUGUUUAAUAUGUUCAGUAGAUGCUUUGCAAUGAGACACUUCAAAUUAAAUUUCACUGAUUUUUCUAUUGGCCAAAAAUCACAAUAAAACUUUUGCAAUAUUUUGGGGACUAUUUGAGGUUUUUUUUUUUUUCCUUGGUAAAGGUUCCCAAAGUAUUAUGUAUGCGGCGUACUACAUGAUUUUAGUAUGUCAUCAUGAAAUGUAAUAUUUUGUGUAUUCUGGACAUCAGUAAUUCAACAAUGACAAAAUCUGGGGUAAAAUAAUGUUUUGAAUAAGGAUAUAUUUGCAUAUACGGUUGGAGAUGGUGCAUUUAGCUUCAUUGAUCAAAUUGCUUUGGGCAAGCUAUGCAUGUACUCCAUAAUCAGUUUCAGUACAUAUAUUUUCAUGUAACGAUUUUCUGUAUUUGAUGCAUUUCAGUAGAAGCAGAUCUGGAAAGAUCCCGUGUAAAACUUUGUGAAAAUCAGACUGCAUAUUGUUUUGAUUGUGUGUGUUCACUUCUCCUUAAAUACCUGUGAUUUAUAAUUUGCUAAUUUCUACAUGUGAGUUUCAUGUAUGACUAAAGUUAGAGCUAAUGGUACAGAAAUUGUUUUUAUGGGAGUUUUAAGCAAUCUUAACAUCUGAGUGUUAUUUAAAUUCUUUAAGAAAGAAAAUGCAUUUCCUAAGGGCUAUGGAGAAAUCUGAGUAGAUUUAAGACAAAUCAUUUUUUUUUUUCCUGCUUUCGUGUUCUCUGCAUCUUCGAGGCACACCUAAUGACAGCUCUAUACAUUUUGCUGGUGAUGUCUUUUAAUAUGAACAGGAUGACUGCAGGUGUCCGUUUAAGUUUGAAGCUGUAGCCAAAUUAGAUGUACUUCAAUAAAAUACUAUCAAUAUGAA